AUGCAGUAUGAUGUGUAUGGAAACCUAUUAGGCCUCUUGGGAGCUCACCCUGUGGCUCCAUUGGUGUCACUUCACCAUCUUGAUGUAGUGGAUCCAAUAUUUCCGGGCAAAACUCGAGUUCAAGGCCUCAAACACCUGUUUGAAUCAGUGAAGCAAGAUUCCGCCAGCAUAAUUCAGCAAUCAAUCUGCUACGAUAAGCAACGGUACUGGUCAAUCUCCAUCUCAUGGGGCUUCGUCGUUCAAAUCAUUCGAGGAAUUAUGUCCCCGAGAGAGCUGGAAAUGCCAACACGAACAUUUCUUAACUGGUACAGAAGAGCUGAUUACACGGCAUAUGCAUUCAAUACGAGGCCUGUCAGUAGGCACCCUUGCCAGAAGCCUUUCUUGUAUUACAUGAACUCAACGAAAUACGAUGAAAAGAGGAGACAAAUAAUUGGUGUUUACAACCGUCACAAGGAAUCGCAUCCGUUUUGCCGGUGGAAAAGUGAACCACCUGAAAAACUCAAUUCCAUAGUUGUCCUGAAAAGGCCUGAUAGCAGCCGUUGGAAGAGGGUAAGUUCAGCACUUGCAAAUGAAUCUUUUCGUUCAAUGAUUCGAUACCAAGAACUAAUUUUCAUUGCAAAUAACUGA